GACAGUCACAUGACGCAGCAGGAGAACCUCCUGACUCCUGCUCCUCCUCUCUUCCUGUCAGCUCCUCGGUGUUUGGAUCUCCGUUAGCAGCAGAAACAUGGCGGACACAGCCCGGGACCCUUCACCGGACCGAACCGACUUCCAUGAGGUGGAGGACGGAGAGGACCUGUUCCCGGAGCCGAGCGCCGAAACCCCGGAGUCACAACCAGCCAGUCUGUCUGCUGUGGACAUCAGCACCAACGCAAAUGGACCCAAGCAGGACUCAUUUUUUGAUGAUGACAACGAGGAUCUGUUCGCAGAGGCUACAGAGGAAGUGUCGUUGGACAGUCCAGAGAGAGACGUCUUGCUGUCUGACGGCCCGUCGCCCGCCAUCACUCCCAUCACGCCCCCCACCUCUGUGAUAACUCCUCGCAUUGGCCACACACAUGACGACAUGUUCACACACUCCUCCUUUGACGAGAUUGAAGAGGAAGAAAGUGGAGAUUCAUUCGACAUCCACAUAUCAGUGUCAGAUCCUGAGAAAAUUGGUGACGGUAUGAACGCAUACAUGGCCUACAAGGUGACAACGAAGACCUCCAUGUCUCUGUUUAAGCAGAGAGACUUCGCAGUUAAAAGGCGUUUCAGUGAUUUUCUGGGUCUGCACAGUAAACUGGCCUCCAAGUAUCUGCACAUAGGGUACAUCGUUCCCCCUGCACCAGAGAAAAGCAUUGUGGGGAUGACCAAAGUGAAGGUUGGGAAGGAGGAUCAGUCAUCCAAUGAGUUUGUGGAGAAACGGAGGUCUGCACUAGAGAGGUAUCUGAUGAGAACGGUCAAACAUCCCAUCCUGCUGAAGGAUCCUGACGUCCUGCAGUUCCUGGAGAGCACCGAGCUGCCGCGCGCCGUCAACACCCAGGCUCUGAGCAGCGCCGGGAUCCUCCGGAUGGUCAACAAGGCCGCCGACGCCGUCAACAAGAUGACCAUCAAGAUGAACGAGUCGGACGCCUGGUUCGAGGAAAAGCAGCAACACUUUGAGAAUCUGGACCUGCAGCUCAAGAAACUUCACGCCAGCGUGGAGUCGCUGGUCUGUCACAGGAAAGAGCUGUCUGUAAACACGGCGCAGUUCGCCAAGUCGGCGGCCAUGUUGGGGAACAGCGAGGACCACACGGCGCUGUCCAGAGCUCUGUCCCAGCUGGCCGAGGUGGAGGAGAAGAUCGACCAGCUGCACCAGGACCAGGCCAACGCCGACCUGUACCUGUUCUCUGAGUUACUGGGCGACUACGUCCGGCUGAUCGGCGCCGUCAAGGGAGUGUUUGACCACCGCAUGAAGACGUGGCAGAAGUGGCAGGACAGCCAGAUGCUGCUGCAGAAGAAACGGGAAGCUGAAGCCAAACUGCAGUUCACCAACAAACCGGACAAACUGCAGCAGGCCAAAGACGAGAUCAAAGAGGAGAUUGAGGAGUUGGAGGGAAAAGUCCAGCAGGGCGAGAGAGACUUCGAGCAAAUCUCCAAAACCAUCCGCAAAGAAGUCAGCAGGUUCGAGAAAGAGAGAGUAAAGGACUUCAAAAUGAUCAUUGUUAAAUACCUGGAGUCGCUGAUUCAAACACAGCAGCAGCUCAUUAAAUACUGGGAAGCCUUCCUCCCUGAAGCCAAGGCCAUCUCAUAGAGCCCCGGCACGCAGCAGAGGGACAGACUACACUACCCAUCAUGCACCUCUCCUCCUGUUUGACGUGGAAGCCAAGAUGAGGAGCGAGUCAGAUAAUCAAAGUGUCUUUUUGCAAUUAAAAAAGCAAAGUUCACAGUUUGUGGUUUUUGUUUUUGAACUGAACUGAUUGAUUUUACGUCCCGAAUUAUGAUUCAGGAAACAACCAAAUUCUUAUAAAGCCUGAAAUAAACAGUAAUUUCUGUCAGACAGUGAACGCAGCACGAGUUUACAACACAGAAGAAAGACAGCUUUAAUCUGAAACAUCCAAAGCUUUCAUUGAUUUAUUCCAACAUCUGACACAAGGGGGCGCUUUAUCGGGACAUUUCUAUUAAAGGAUCAUUUAAAAUUGCCCAACGAAAGAAAAGUGUUAGGUAAAGAAAUUAAUUUUUGGAUUUAUGGAAGCCCAUUGUUGUCUAAAAAUGUAGAAAAAGUUUGAAAGUUGAAAUGAAAGCAGAAAAUAAACUCUGUUGCUUUUUCAGCACAAAAACUAAAAUCUUUUACUUAUUUUGCAGAAAUACAAAAAACAACAAAGCUUUAAUUUAGUUUUUAACUUUCAGUUAUUUUCUGGCUCUGUCGAUUAAAAAAUCAGCCCAAACAGUAAGAAAAAAUGAAUACAUGACUAAACUAAUUAACAAAUGUAGAAAAUAGAAAAUUUCAGUCAAUUUAUAAAAUUCUAAAUUAAAAUUUCAGUCACGCUUCCUGGUUUCAGAUUAUUAAUUAUCAAGCUGAUGUCAAAAUCAUGCAAACAUGGUUACAAAUAAAAAUGUCUUGAGAUGCUAAUAUGUUGAAAAGGUUUGACAGCAGUCCAACAGCUAAAUGUUGUUCGGUGUUUGUGCCACUAGAUGGCGCUGUGUGAUUCAUACUGGAACUUCAAAACAUUGCAAACAUUAGAAGGUUAAACAUUCAGUAUUUCAGUUUAAAAUACGCUCAAAAUUAAUAACAUUUUUCUGCUUUUUUGGCAACAAGAAGCUUCCGUACUUAAUGCAAAAUACUCCAUUACCCAUGAGCCUUGCUGAGAUCAGAAGUUUGUUUCAGGAUUUUCCAGAGAGCUGCACAAUCCUUGAGCUUCAAUGCAACAUUCCCUGCCUGGCAACUGAGUUGAAGUGCUCUCUGAUUGGUUGUUGAUAUUUUUUUACUUUUUCUGUUGUUUUAGUGAGCAAAGUUACUCAGAAAGAUCCAGAAUAUCAUUUAGAACCAGAACCAUUUUCCACCUUUAUUCACUGCAUUGAGCAUGAAGCUUUUUAAACAUUUUUCCAAAAACAAUCCUUCGCCAUCAGCAGAGGAACAAUUACAGCUUCUUCAAUCACUGAUCUCAUCAUAAAGUUAUUCCUCUUUGCUAUUACUUCCUGUUAAACCUUUCAUAAUAAGAGCCUUGUUUCUGUUGCUGUAUGAUCGAAAGUGAAGGCAACGUUUUUGUUUGAGCCCAAAACUGGAAGAGUCUCUCCCUCUGGUUCUGUUCACUGCAGAUUUAAUAAAAAGGUUCAGUUUAUAAAAGACUGAAACAUCUGAUAAAUUUACAAAAUGUGGCUUUUGAAGUAUCCAAAAUGGCACUUUGGGUUAUAAACAAGCAUCUUUUAUUUCUAAAAAUUUGUUCAGACAGAAAUAUAUGAACAGAAACAGAUUGAAUUUUCAUAAAAAGCAGUGAUUUCUGUUCAAUGCUGUUUUUUUUGGUAUAAUCUUUAAAUUUAUUUGCAGACUGAACAGAACCAGUUUAUGUUCUUUAUAUGAAUAAACCGGGAAAGUGAAGGUGAUGCUGUGAGCUGUUAUUUUCCUGAAAGUGUGAAUUUAUCAGCUGACCGUUUGUCCGUCCCUGAAAAAACUGAAGACGUUGAGUUUUUUUUUUUUUAUCUGUCUGUGAAUCUUUGUGAAAGCUGCAGUUUUACAUGUUUUGUAGCAAACCCUGCAGUUUGUUUUGAUGUUUUUGAAUGAUUUUAAAUCACGUUGCAGAAAAACGUCCAGAAUCAGUUUGACCUGAAAGUGUUUUCAUCUCUAAAUGGUUUGAAACCGAAGAAGAAAUGGAAGCAGCUUUGAUUUUGAGUAAUUUAAUCUUCUGCAUAUUUCCAGCUCUGCUCAUCUGAAAUCUCAACAUUUAUUGGUUUGUAUGAUUUUUUAAAAAUCUUUUACAUUCUUGUUAACCAUUGAUGUGCAAUGGUUGGGAAGGUUUUUGCUGAUUUUCUUUUGUAUUUUCAAAGACGAAGAAAUUCUUGAUUGUUUGGAAAUCUUUUGAUGUGACAUUCCUGCAGUGCAGCUGAGCUGAUGAUUGAAGACUUUAAUUACAAUAAAGAAUGUAUCUCAUCCUUUA